AUGGUGAACUCGCUCCCCGACGACAUGGGCCCCAUCGACCCGGCGAAGCGGGACCCGAACCUGCCGCCGGCCAAGUACCUCGGCAAGCCCCACAUCGGCCAGGUGAAGCACGAGAGCGACGUCAAGGGCAUGGCCUGGAGCCCCGACGGGACGAUGAUGGCCGCGGGCGGCUACGACAAGAAGAUCAUCAUCUGGGACGUCGAGACCUUCGACAAGGUGCGCACCAUCGAGACCGAGGACUGGGUCGAGUGCCUCGACUGGAGCCCCGACGGCGAGCUCAUCGGCUGCGGCGGCGGCUUCGACAAGAAGGGCAAGAUCUACGAGUUCGAGACGGGCGAGCUCAUGGAGGACCUCGAGCACGGGGGCAUCGUCUACGCCUGCGCCUUCGCGCCCAAGGCCAACGUCUUCGCCUGCGGCUGCUUCGAGAAGAUGGUGACGCUGUGGCACUCGACGCGGGGCCACAUGAUCACGUCCAUCACGACGGAGGGCGUGCUCAAGGCGCUGGCCUGGCACCCGGAGAACACGGCCAUCGCGUCCGGGGGCUUCUGCGCGGCGGUGACGGUCUGGAAGAUGAACGUCGACGAGGAGAAGCCCAAGGAGGAGAUUCUGUGGCGCAACGAGUUGGAGAACAUCGCCGCGGACUGCCGGAGCCUCGCCUACAGCGCCGACGGCACGAAGCUCGUGAGCGGCGACUGGGCCGACAAGCUGAUCUUGUGGGACUCGGCGACGGGCGAGAAGAUCUGGGAGAUCGCGAACCCGGAGGAGAAGCACUACUUCGCCGUCGCGUUCUCGCCGGAGAUGGACGUCGUCGUCGCGGGCGGCUGGGACUGGCGCGCGACCAUGUACCGCGUCGCCGACAAGGAGAAGCUCGACGACUGCUACAUCGGCGCGGAGACGGAAGACCACGUCGGCGGCCAGACCGUCCGCAACGUCCGCUUCUCGCCCGACGGCAAGGUCGUCGCGUUCUGCUCCGACGACCGGCAGGUCCACUUCUGGCCCCGCGACGACAAGACGCGGCUCCCCAUCGGCGCCGAGGAGGACGUCGAGUGA